AUGGGGAGCAACUCUUCUCCCAGUGAGUUCUAUCAGCUGGAUUGCCUUCUCGGCUGUGAGGAGUUAGUGGAGUUUGGUGGAGAGGAUCUGUGCUCGUCCGUAGUGGAGCAGGUGUUGGGGUUGUGCUUCGAUGGAGAUCCCAACCUUGUGGCAGGAGACGCAUGGUCUGGUGGAGUCGUUCAGGAGGAGGAAAACUCCUCUGGGACGACGGCGAGACCGGGAAGGGACCGGGCCCGGACCUUGGUCUCGGAGAGGCACAGAGGGCGGAUGAAGGAGAAGCUCUAUGAACUACGUUCAGUGGUACCUAAUAUUACCAAGGUCUCUCUCUCUCUCCCCCUUCUCCCCUUCUCUCAUUCUCCGCUAUCCGUCAUAUUCUUCCCCGGUUUUCAAUUUUUGCUGCCAUUUGUUCUUCUUUCAGGAUUUCUCACACGACAGCCCUUUCAGAAACAACUGAAGUUAGUACUCUUGAUGAUAAUAUGGAUGAAUAUAUUGUCGACAAAGGAACAAUGAAUAAUCUAUUCCGCUUUCGGUUGAGGUUUUUGUUUUUCACCUCAUAUAACUUAAUAUUAGGUUUGCGCAUGGAGAUGUUGUUAAAGUUUUUUUGUGUGGUCAUUGUUAAUGGUAAGUUAGAAUAUGCUAUUUAAACAAUUAUAACCUUUUGGAUUAUUUUUUCAUUUAACUUUUCAGCACAACAUUAUCAGAACUUUUAGUUGUACUCUUAAGUUGUAUAGCCUAUGAGAAAUCGCACGCGAGGUGGGUCAUAGGUGAAAAGCUUGUCUUGAUUAUAAAUUAAAACUCGCCUGAAUAGUCAAAAUUUAAAUAUUCCACGUCCUAUUUCUUGUGGUCGAUAUUUCGACAAAUAUUUCAAACAAAAGAUACUAACAAUUGGAGUUCUUGGGUCAUUGCAAGAUGGUGGAAACAAAAUAUUUCUCGUCUGGUUUCGUGUUACGUAUAAAAACUUGGUGCAAUAGUUAAAAAUGAAACAAUCGACAUCCUAACCACUGAACUCGAUAUUUUCUCAAUAAUUUCCUACAAAAAAUACGAGUAAAUUAGAGUUCUUGAGUCAUGACAAGCUAAUAGAAACAAAUCGAACUCAAUUCAUCUUGGUAAUGACUGGGUUUUCUUCUUCUUAUUCUUCUUGUGUUUGUUUUCGUAUUACAGAUGGACAAGGCAUCCAUUAUCGGAGACGCCAUCAUGUACGUGAAAGGUUUGCAGAAGCCAAGACGCUCACAGAGGAGAUCGCCCGACUGGAGUCCUUGGCCGAAGCAGCCUAUUGCUCCCAUCUUCAUCAUCGCGAACCAGAGACACUUGGCGCCAUGGAUCCUCUCCCCAAGAGGGUGAUGCUAGAGUUCUCAGGGUGCGGGCUGGGGGACAAGAGGUUCCACAUAAGGUUGGUGUGCUAGAAUGGAGGAAUGCCGGCAGCCGUAUACAGAGCCUUGGAGAAGUUGACCUUCCUCCACCUGGAGAGCUCCAGCCUCUCAACUUGCUCCGAGAAGCAUGAGGUGACCCCUACCAUGAAGGCGGCGGUAGAGAGCCACAUGCUCCUGGUUUCCUCUUUUCGUUUCGGUCUGCAGGUGGAUGGAUCCGCCGGAGAGAUUCACUCGUCGGUAUUGAAGUCGUGGGUGAUGACAGUGCUUAUGGACGAGGGCUUCGGGUUCCACGUGGAGGCGAGGUCAUAAGCGUGAGAUGAAGAGAAAGUCAACUGGUAUCCCGUACUGCGACAUAAGCGACGAAGGGUGAUAGAAUGUUCGUCUACUUCUUUCCCACUUGAGCCCACAACGUCUAGUGGUAAUAUAAGAAGUCAAAUUCUCUUUUCGUCCAUUAACGUACAAAAUCGAAAAGGGUUAGGCGGUGAAUGAGGACAGACGUUCUAUUGGUUGACGAGAGAGUGGAAUCUUUCUCGAUAAGAUGGAUUCAUGAUAUCCCGCUUUAGUAAAGAAGGGAUGAACCACAGCUGCUAAGAUCAUCUGAUACUAGGCGAUUGUGGGAUCAUUUGUUUCAAUGGAUCGAGUAAACGCUUCAUCCAUAUAAGAUCCAAGUUCAUUGGUGCAACAAGAUUGACACUGUAUUUCGGCUUGUUCGUAAGGUCAAUCAUAUUUACUUUGUACUGGCGUUAGCCUUCAUGCUUUCACAAUCCCCAUCCAUCUUAAUGUCAUAUGGGAUUAAAGAAGUUCAAGUAAUGUAUGAACAUCUCUUUUAAGAUAAGCUUCACUGGCCUAUCAUCAUUAUGUAAUGUUAGGUCUACAUUCUUAAAAUAGAUCUAUUAUUCAUAUAAGUUUUCUCUUAUCUUGUAACAUCUAGCAUGCGUUUCGUUUUGGUAAUAUAUUCUUCAUUCUUUAUCAAGUGAAUAGUCACUAUUCUUUCUCUACCCCUAUCUCCUACAAUUUUUAAAUCUAUAUUUGUAUGAUCCUUUACAAAAAAAUACUCAUGCUUUUAGUUCUAUUAGGAAACCUCAAGUUCUCUUUAUAAAAAUCCAAAGCUCUCUGAUUUUAUUAGUGUUGUACUUGUUGACUGUGGCUUGA